UUUUUUUUAUCGUGCAUCUAGUUGUUGAUCAAAAAAUCAAAGCAAUCAUAAAAAAAAUUCUUUCAUCAGUUUUUAUGCGAUUGAAAUAAAAUAUGAAUACGGGUGUAGCAUUCUUUAAAUAAAACAAUGGAGUGCUGCAUUCCUAGUUGUGAAUCGGAAUCGACGAGCUUUGUCGGCUUUCCCAGGAAGAAAGAAUUCGAGCAGCGAUGGGCCGAGGCAAUUCGACUCGGAACCGGAUACUCGUUCGAUCAGCUGUCUACGAAAUCGGAAGCCUUAGGGCGGCUACUAUGCGGGGAUCAUUUCGCCGAUCCGGCAGAUUCCGGUUAUCAGGAACCGAGCAAAUUUGUCAAUAGUGACGGACAACCCAUUAAACUGAUCAGUUGUCGAUUCUGUCAGCAUAUCGAACCGGAAAACAAUAUGCUUCCGUUAAUCGGAGCCGAAAGCCAGUGGUGGCUGACGAUUAUACGGGGCAUGAAAAUUGACGUUAAGGCUAAGGAUUUUGCUAGAGCUAUUUGCUUUGAAUGCUUGGUGAAAUUGGAUCUACUUCGGACAUUACGAAAAUACUUUCUCGUUGCCGAGAGCAAGUUUCAAAGUAUGACUUCAGAAUCAGGAAAGCUUGGUUGGCAAGAUCAGAAUAAUUUCAUAAAACUGGAAGUUACAUUGCUGGAGCACAAUUAUUUUGAAGAAGAAAGAAUUGAUGAAGAGUUUGUUACUACGGAGCAAGAACCAGCUGUCGAGGAUCACGAAGAACAAACUGAAACCUUAGAAAAGGUCGUUCCGGAAAAAGAAAUUACGAUUCCACGGAAAAGGGGAAGACCUCCUAAAAAUGAAAAAGUUGAACCUGUUAAACCUUACGAAGAGGAUCACGAAGAACAAACCAAAACCAUAGAAAAGGUCGUUCCGAAAAAAGAAAAUAAGAUUCCACGGAAAAGGGGAAGACGUCCUAAAACCGAAAAAGUUAGACCUGUAAAACGAAAGUUCAAACCUUACGAAGAGCGAAUCGGUUCGAUUCGGGCAAAAACGUGUUAUAUAUGUAAACCCAAGACUCUCCAGACUGACAACGAGCACCUGUUGGCUCAUCUGACGCAAGAACACGCUGCCCAGGUAGACUACCGGUGUGAUGAAUGCGAGGAUAAAACUUUUUACACGGUUAUGAACUUUAAUGUGCAUCUCAGUUAUCACGACCCAGAACGACCCUUAAAAUGUAGUUUCUGUACCAUCCGAUAUUGCACACGCAGUAAUGUGCUGCAGCACGAAAACAAAGAGCACGGGACCAAUCAUCGGGUGGUGAAAUCAGCUACGAAAAGGCGAACCAAGGGCCAAUGUGAAGUUUGUGGUCAACUGUUUCCGAGUGCUGCCAGCGCCAUGCAGCAUAAACUCCAAGAGCACGACAAGUUGAGAGUUAUAGAAUGCAAAAUUUGUCAGAAGCUCUUUGGGAACCAGGGCAAUCUGGCGAGACACAUGCUUCAGCACUCCAACGAAAACCCUUACAAAUGCGAACAGUGUGGGAUGGAGUUUAGAAUCGUCACAGACAUGAAAAGGCAUGUUCUAUUUGAACAUGAAGGAAUUGAGGCCUGGCACUGCAAUCAAUGUGAUCUUUCUUUGCCUGAUAGGAAUGCAUAUACUAAACAUCGAAUUGAAGUCCAUCGAAAUCGCAAUCCGAACCCAGGACCAAAAAAUGCAUAUCUAUUCCGAUGUAAACUUUGCUCAGAAACGCCAAACAACAAGUUUGAACUUAUAAGUCACAUUAGGUCGGCUCAUUCGAAAGAGGAAUAUCCAAUGCUCCAGUGUCCAAAAUGUCCCCAAAAAUGUUUGACAUCACAGCUUCUGGCCAGCCACAAAUAUCACGUUCAUCAGGGGGACGAAUCGAAACGUGUCUGUGUAGUGUGUGGUGCCUCUUUCAGAAACAUGCAACUGCUGAACAGGCAUUUGUCUGUUAAACACGGAGCCGAAAAAAAGUACCGGUGCAAGGUUUGCGACCGCCGGUUCAGCUGUCCUGCGAACAUGCAUCGGCAUAUGAACAUUCACGAGAAGGUGCGCAAGUAUGAGUGCCAGUUUUGUGAUCGACGGUUCAGUCAGAAAAGUGGCCUGGCUAAUCAUACCAGGAAUAUACAUACCGGUGAAAAAGCGUUCAAGUGCGGCAUAUGUGGCGAAGGAUUUAAGGAGAGUUCGACAUUUUAUCGGCACAGAGUACGGUGUGAAGAAGCGAACGAGUCUUCGAAAUAAUUUUGGGGGCAUUAUGAAUGGAAGGAAUUGUUAGCUUCAAAGAAGAACCUAUGAACUAUGAAUCAGAGAAAAAUAAAUA